UUCCGGCACCUCGCGCAGAUCCGUCAUGGCUUCCACGGGGGCGAGUCGCAGCCUUGCUGCGUCUCAGCGGCCGCCGCAGGGCCGCUCCUCACGACAGGACAAGUAUUCGGUGCUUUUGCCCACCUACAACGAACGGGAGAACCUGCCGCUCAUCGUGUGGCUGCUGGUGAAGAGCUUCUCCGAGAGUGCAAUCAACUAUGAAAUUAUAAUCAUAGAUGAUGGAAGCCCAGACGGGACAAGAGAAGUUGCUGAACAACUGGAAAAGAUCUAUGGGCCAGACAGAAUUCUCCUAAGACCACGGGAGAAAAAGCUGGGCCUUGGAACUGCCUAUAUUCAUGGAAUAAAACAUGCCACCGGAAACUACGUUAUCAUCAUGGAUGCUGACCUCUCCCACCAUCCUAAAUUUAUUCCUGAAUUUAUCAGGAAACAAAAGGAGGGUAAUUUUGAUAUUGUCUCUGGAACUCGCUACAAGGGGAAUGGGGGUGUUUAUGGAUGGGAUUUGAAAAGAAAGAUCAUCAGCCGUGGGGCCAAUUUCAUAACUCAGAUUUUGCUGAGACCGGGAGCGUCGGACUUAACAGGAAGCUUCAGGUUAUACCGAAAAGAAGUUCUACAGAAAUUAAUAGAAAAAUGUGUCUCCAAAGGCUAUGUCUUUCAGAUGGAAAUGAUUGUUCGAGCAAGACAGAUGAAUUACACCAUUGGCGAGGUUCCAAUUUCAUUUGUGGAUCGAGUUUAUGGUGAAUCCAAGUUGGGAGGAAAUGAAAUAGUCUCAUUCCUGAAAGGGUUAUUGACUCUCUUUGCUACUACAUAAAAGAAAUUAUUCAUUUAUGCUUCCCGUGUUCAUUUCAAUUAAAAGUAAGAGAAGCCCGG